AUGCUCUGGGGAAACAAUCUCAGUGGUAAGUUACCUUCUUCCUUGGGUAACCUCACUAACCUAAAUCUCCUUGAUAUAUCUUACAACCAUCUCAGUGCUACGUUACCUUCUUCGUUGAGUAACAUCACUAACCUAGAGCGGCUUGAUGUAUCUCACAAUAAUCUCAGUGGUAGGUUACCUUCUUUAUUGGGUAAUCUCACUAACCUAGAGCGGCUUGAUGUAUCACAGAAUCAUCUCACGGGGUUCAUCCCCUCAAAACUAGGAAACCUCGGAACAGGCGGCUAUGGCAAAGUUUACGGGGCUCGAUUACCAAACGAAAAAACUUUUGCACUGAAGAAGCUUCACCGCCUGGAAGCCGAGGACCCAAAUUUUGACAGAAGCUUCAGGAAUGAGGUAAGAGUCUUGUCAAACAUAAGACACAAAAAUAUUGUGAAGCUCUAUGAUUUCUGCUUGCACAAUCGAUGCAUGUUUCUCGUCUACGAGUACAUGGAGAACGGAAGUUUGUUCUGCGCUCUGAAAGAUGAUGCCCACGCUGUCGAACUAGAUUGGAGUAAGAGGGUGAGCAUUGUGAAAGGUUUUGCACAUGCUUUAUCUUACAUGCACCAUGACUGCACUCCGCCAAUAGUUCAUCGUGACAUAUCAAGUAGUAACAUACUUUUGAACUCUAAAAUGGAGGCCUUUGUCGCAGACUUUGGUGCAUCAAGAGCUUGCAUACACUAUAGUAUCACCAAGACGGAUAAUGUGCAGAAACACGAUCGCGAUCCUAAUACUUCUAAGCAGAAUCCAUAA